AACACUUCCGGGUCCACGUCUGUUUACAAUAUUACACAAUUGCAUAUUACAAAAUUUUAAAAAAUUAACUACCUCUAGCAGUAGCACCUAUCGUUCGUAUUAGCAAAAAUAAGAUGUUGACCCUGGUUGUCAUUUUAGUUCGAUAAUAGUCUUUGUUCGAUGGUAUUUUAUCAAUUGGGUAAAUAUUUUACUUGGACUUAUUAGUAGUAACUUAGUUGACUUCACAUGACUUAGCUACCUUUUUACUAACCUAACUUACUUACUAUACUAUUACUAGUUUAGUAAGUUUAGUUACUCUAAGUUACUACUCAUAAAAUUUAGUCUGUGUGUUCACUAUACUAUGCCUGACAUUAAUGACAAUAUAAGCUGUCACGUCACCACGACUGUGUGUGUCGUGUUUUUUAAGGGAACUUACUAAGCCUAAAAUUUACGUUUUGAAUACAUAUUUAAUUAUUUAAUAACAUCAAUGUCAUUUGUCCUAAAUUUAAAUUAAGCUAUUAAAUUAUUAAAUAAUGGCUUGUUAGCUCAUUAUAGAUGUCUAUUAUAACAAAUUGAUUAGUAAAAAAGCCUCUCUAACUUUGGAUUUGAGCUGCCUACUUCAAAAUAAAUUCACACUUGAAUAGUUAAUAGGCUAUUAUUUUAUUACACAAAAUAAAUUGAUAAUGACAAUAGUCUAAUAUAUCACAGAUUGUAACAAGUGACUAUAUUAUAUUAGCCUAGUUAAUAUGCCAAUUAAUACUAUUAUUCUUUUCUUCUUCUGUCUAUUUUUACUGUGGACUUGUCACUGGGAGGUAUAGUUGCCGGAUGAUAGUGUAAGUGAUGCCUGCUGGAGGUCAUGUAGUUGAUUUUUAGUGUGUCCUUAACCCUCUUGGGAGAGCUGGGCCAAUGUAUGGGGUUAAAUGGUGAAAAGGACAAAUGGUUGAUCCAUCAGCCCAAUAAUUUAAGCCUCGAGAUAAUGAGAUUGUUUCUCCCAUUUCUUGCUCAUCUAAACAUUUUAAUGGCAUCUUCCAUUGAUAUUUUAUGGUAUUCUGUCAUUAAAUCAAUUUUUUUUACAUAGUGAUCCCUAAAAAUGUUUUAAAUAUAUGUGACCUUGAAAUAUGUCAAACGCAUAAGCAGCUUUAAGGGAACAUUUUAUGUAGUCUUUCACUCUACAUCUCAUUCAAAUAUUUAAAAUUUCGGCUUCCAUCCAUCCCUGUGGCGCUACAGCCCAUGUAGGGCUUUGGCCUGCCUCACCACUUCCUUCGGCUCAGACUUAACUAAUGCCUUUCUUUUCCAUGCUUGGACUUUCAGCUGCUGUAGAUCUUUUCCUACAUCAUCUAUCCACCUAAGCCUAGGUCUGCCUUUGAGACUUUUUCCUCUGGGGUAUUGAUGAUACACCCUCUUCGUUCCGCUGUCAUUUGGCAUUCUCUCUAGGUGUCCUGCCCAGCGUAGGCUGCCUCUUUUUAUUUCUGCCACUAUCGUGGGAUCCUGAUAUAGACUGUAUAAUUCCUGGUUGGUUCGUAUUCUCCAUCCAUAUUCAUCCUUUGUUGGUCCAUAUAUUUUCCUGAGAACUUUCCUCUCCCAUGUGUUAAUAGGUUUUCUGCUGUUUUUGUUAGGGUCCAUGUUUCACUUGCAUAUGUUACAACUGGUCUGAUCACAGUUUUAUAAAUAGUUUUCUUUGUUUCUCUUGUAAUGUAUAUACAUUUGAGUAUUUUCUGACUACUGAAGUAUGCCCUGUUUCCGGCUGAUAUUCUUUCUUUUAUUUCUGUUAGUAAUUCGUUUCUUUCAUUUAACAAGAAUCCUAGGUAUUUGAAUUGAUUUACUUUUUCAAAAGUUUGGUUUCUAAUUUUAAUUGUUUCAUCUGUUUGUUCCUCUCUUAUCAUGGUUAUGUAUUUUGUUUUUUUGUUGUUAACUUCCAGCACUGCUUAUAGAGAUGCGUCUUCUAAUUCAAUAAAGGAUUUUUGGUAUGUCUUUUAUACUUUUCCCUAGAAGUGCUAUGUCAUCAGCAUAUGGAAGAUACUGAAGUGGUUGGUUGUAGAGUGUGCCCGUUGGUUGUGGGUCUCGAGUUUCCCUCAGAAAGUAUCCUGUUAUUGUUCCUCGGGUGUCAAUGUGUAUGUUUCUAAUAACUCUCUCUAAUGUUAGGUUAAAGAGCAUACAAGACCGUAAGUCUCCCUGUCUUAGGCCUCGUCUAAUAUGAAAUUCCCUUGAAUAUUCUCCUUGACUCUUGAUUUUGCUUUUUGAGUUGUUCAGUGUUACAUGUAUUAGUCUUGUCAGUUUGUUGGGUAUCCCAAACUCCUGCAGAGUCUCAUAUAAAUAGUUUCUUUUGAUGCUGUCAUAGGCCAUUUUAUAGUCCACUUAGAGUUGAUGUACUGGUAUAUUAUAUUCAUAGCAUUUCUCUAAUAGGCAUCUGAUGGUGAAAAUCUGAUCAGUUGUUGAUCUGUUAGGUCUGAAUCCACAUUGGUAAUCACCUAGUAUUUCUUCAGUGUAAGGUUGUAGUCUUUUGGCAAUAAGCUUCGUCAGUAUUUUGUAUGUAACAUUUAAUAGGGAGAUUCCUCUGUAGUUUGUGCACUGAAGUUUGGAGCCUUUCUUGUGUAUUGGCGUUAUUAAUGCUGUUUCCCAUUCUGUUGGGAUUUUCUCUUCUUGCCAAAUUUUAGUUAUAAGUUUAUGUAUCUGAUUGUGUAGUUCUUUUCCUCCAUAUUUAAUCAGUUCUGCUGUGAUACGGUCUUGUCCGGGGGCUUUGUGAUUUUUCAUGUAAUUAAUUACCUCUUUGGUUUCUUCUAGGGUUGGCCAUUGUAUAAAAGGGUCUGGUCCUCCCUGUGGGGGUUGAUAAUCUUCUUCUUGUCUAUUGUCUGCAUUCAGUAUGUCCUCAAAAUAUUCAGCCCACCUCUCCAGUACUUUAAUAUUUUCCGUGAUUAAUUCUCCAUUGUGGCUCUCACACAUUUACGGUCCGGCUUGGUAUCCAUUCUUUUCAUCUUUUAUCUUCAUGUACAUUCCUCUUUAUUUCCCUCUCUUGAUACAUCUUCCAUUUCCUUUAGUUUAUCCUUUUCCCAUUCCCUCUUUUUCUUCCUACACAUUUUUGUUGCUUUCCUUCUGGCUUCCUUGUAUGUUUGUGUUGUCUUUCUGGUUUCCCAUUGUAACUUGAUCAUUCGUGCUUUGUUUCUUUCUUCCACAGUCUCUCUGCAUUCAUUGUCGAACCAGCCUACUCUAUUGUUAGCUUGCUGAAAUCCCACUACUUUUUCUGCUGAUCUUUUAAUGGCAUUUUUUUUCCUAUCCCACUGAUCAUUUAUGUUGUUUUCCCCAUUUACUUCCUCCUGCAAUGCUUCUAAUUGUGCUUCUACUUCAUUCAGGUAAGCUUUUGCAGUUAAUGGGUCUUUGGGCAGUUUUUGGUAAUCGUAUUGUUUGUCUCUUUCAUUACGACCAUUGUGAACUAAGCGUAUCCUCUGCCUAUAUUUCACCCUUACAAGUAGAUGGUCCAAGUCCACAUCUGCUCCUCUAAGGCUUCUCACAUCUAAUAUAUCUGAUCCAUUUUCUCCAAUCAAUUAAAACAUGAUCGAUUUGAUUGCGGGUGAUUCUAUCUGGUGAGUUCCAUGUAACUUUAUGUAUAUUUUUGUGCAGAAACUUGGUGCUGCUAACUGACAUCCCUUUUCCUACCGCAAAGUCUAUGAGUCGGAUGCCAUUGUCAUUGGAUUCUUCGUGCAGACUUUCCUUGCCAAUAGUUGGCAUGAACACCUUUUCUUUUCCUAUUUUGGCAUUGAAGUCUCCAAUCACUAUUUUAAUAUCAUGUCGUGGUGCCUCUUCGUAGAUCUUUUCCAGUGUCUCAUAAAAGGAUUCUUUAUCCUUCUCUUCUGUGGCUUCCGUUGGAGCAUGCACAUUUAUGAGUGUUAUCUUAAACAUUUUUCCUCGCACCCGCAAAGAACACAAUCUUUCGUUUUCUGUUUUGAAGCCUAUGACUGCACUGACCGCUUCUUUUUUCACAGCAAAUCCUGUUACUAGUGUGUUGGUGUUGCUACCACUAUAAAAUAUGGUGUAUUCUUUUGUUUUGAGGAUGUCUGAAUUUUUCCAUCGAAUUUCUUGCAAUGCAGCAAUAGAUAUUUUAUAAUUGUCCAGCUGAUUUACAAGGUUGGCUAAGGCCCCUGCUCUAAACAAGCUUAGUAUAUUCCAAGUCCCAAUCCAAAAAUCAUGUCCAUAACCAACCAUGCAUAGGUCGAUUUUUGGUAUCAGUCCGGGUUUUGUUCAGUUGCUUGGCUUUCGUAACGUUAAUUUUUUUACGUGGCCGGGUUGUUAACCCUGCGCACAACCGUCUGAAGGGUUGCCCCUUACAGCUCUCUGGAUAGCUGCCUUAGUUUUUGGGUAAGGUUCCCUUGCCUUUGUGGAUCCCUCCACUUCCUACGAGGCAGUAGGUUCUGAUUUUGGUCCGCCCCAGGUAUUUUAUUUCCCUGGUACACUCCAUAUCUGGUGGGCUUUCCCCUAUCCGCCACUUGGGGAGGCGCUCGAUGGAAGAUCAGUAUCUCCGCACGAGAAAAUUUAGGCUUCAGCAAUCAUAAAAUGUGACAUAAUUCUGCAAGUAAGACGGGUUUAUUCUAAGUGUAAAAAAAAAGCGAAAUAAUGUCCAAAUUAGUGUUAAAAAUGCAAAAUAAUGUCCAAAUUAUAGUACAAGACAAUACUCCAACAUAGAUGAAUCAUAUUUCAAAUUAUGUUUUUUAACUAUUACUUAGUAACUCUAGAUGAAUAUUUUUUAAAUGUUCGGUUUUCUUAAUAGCACACCCUGUCCCAAUUGUAUCACCUAAUAUUAUUUUUAGCUAGUCCGACAGAAAAGGGUAAUAUUUAUGAUUGUCAUAAUUUUUUUUUUGCAAUCAGCAUAUGAUCAAAUUAUAAGCAAUGUGAGCACGUUCUUAGAGCCCUAAUAGAAAGGAAGGGCAGAGUAACUGGCAACUGGACCAACAUUUGAAACAUCUAAUUUAAUUUUAUUUUAAAUUUUAUUACAACCAAACAAACUACCAGCCAUUGACUUUAUAUGCAUCCCAUUUAGUCACAAGUUCAAUUAAAACUGUUAAAGUAGAUUUAUUACUUUUUCUCCAUUAAAAUAAUAAAACUGAAAAAAAAUUAUGUCCUUCUUAGGAUUUGACAGCAUGAUAUGGCAAGCCCAGUGAAGAAUCCAGAUCCAAGUUUUGACAAGCUUUCGAAUGAUUUUCUACAUUGCCCUUUAUGCUUUGAACAGUUUAAAAAUCCCAAGGUUUUGCCAUGUCAGCACACUUUUUGUCUCUCGUGUUUGAGAGCUUAUGUAUCAGUUCGUGGUUUUGAUGCUACAAUCCCAUGCCCCAUGUGUAAAGAAUUGGUGUUGAUUCCCGACAAUGAUGUGGCCAAUCUCAAAAAUAACUUCAUGAUUGUCAGCUUAUUACAAUUUGUCCAGGAUUCAAAAUUAAAUCUUCGAGAAAGGCACACGACUCAAAAUCAAGUCAAAGUAUCAUGCCAGGAUGGGGCUCUAUCUUCAACUGUUCCUGCAUUAUGUGGGGCUUGCAAUGAGUCAGGGAGUCUUGACAGCUUUUGUCAACUGUGUUCAAGAUGGCUGUGCAAAAUAUGUACGAAAUCACACAGCCGUAUACCAUUGACUGCUGAUCACCCAUUGCUGAGUAUGAAAGAGGUGGACACGCAGUGCAAAGGAAUGGUGGAUGUGGGUGAAAAGGCAGUGACAGAGCUGCAACUAGCCAACAUGGAGAGCCAAGACUUUCUUAUCUCUCAAAUACAGGAUUUACCCGACAACGCCAGCCUCGUGCAACAUCGCAUCAAUGCUGCCGCCAAAGAGGCACACCAGGUUGUUCAAGAGAAGGCCGAUGAUUUGACACAGCAGUUGCAACAGUUUAUGUGUAAGCAAGAACAAUACUUAUCAGAGAAGCUGGACGUCAUCAAUGAAAGAAAAGAUGAUUUGGAACACUUGCAAAAUCUCCUCACCAAUGUUAAAAUUUCAAAUGAUGGAUAUGAAAAUCAGAAGGCCAUAAAAACUGUUGAGAGUUUUCUGAACAGCUCGUCCAAGUCAACAUUUUCACCACAGUCCCACAAUUCCUUAAGCUUAGCAUUUGUGACCUACAAUAACAAUUUAAUCGAACUGAAGCAGCUGGAGAUGGGUCAGCUUCGUGUGGUUUCAAAAUAUGCACAACAAAACCCACUCUACCUAAGUGGCCGUCCACUGACUGUGCACAGGAUAUCAUCUCUGGUUGAACGUGAAUACAUAAGCGCUUUGGCCAUCAACAAAUUCGCAGACAAAUUUGUGGUGGCUAACAACCAGACUGUGUUUGUUUUUAAACCAGACUCUAAAAUUCCAAAGAGUUUUCUUUCACCUUUGUCAGAAAGAACUGUAAACAAACCUUGGGGGUUGGCCUAUUGUGAAGAUGAGCGUCGUGUGUACAUCUCAGAGGCAGGCAGACAUGAAGGAGAUGGGGCUGUGGUAACUUAUUCACAUGACGGUGCAUUUCAUUCGGUCAUCGCUUCCGGUCUGACUCUACCCAGAGGUUUAGCUGUUCACAAAAGUUACAUAUUUGUCUGUGAUCAAAUUGACAGGUGUGUUUACAUCCUCACCAUGUGGGGGAAAGUCAUCAGGGUCUUGAAGAAAACUGCAGACGGGAGGUAUCUUUUUAAUGCACCCAUGUUCAUCUCUGUUGGGAAGAACGGUGUCAUUGCUGUGACAGACAACUGCACAUCUGUUAAAAUAUUCAACAAAGACUGCAACCUUUUGUUCACCUACACGUCCAACCUACCUGAAUCUCAGUUUUGGGAUGUCCAUGUGAUGCUGAAUGGAGUUAUUGUGGUAUGUGACUGGAAGCACGGACUGCACAAAAUUUCACCUGACUUUAGCAGCAACGGUUUGGUUGCCACCGAAACUAACAUACUUAGGGAACCAUCAGCUCUAGCAGCUUUGGAAAAUGGAAAUUCCAUUUACAUAGGAACUUGUGGGGGAGAAAUAUUCUCAGCCAUCUGAUUCAAGGUCAAGGAGAUGUUAUGUUUGAUACAUUUUUUACUGUUAUGUGUUGUACAAAACACAGUUACGCUUAUGAAUUUUAUUUUUCUUCUGAAUUAAAAUAUCCUUCUUAAAACAUAUGCAGAUAUAAGUGUGAAGGCAUUGUUUAAGUAGCUAGAGAAAAAGUGGGGAAAGCUAUUGGUUAAGCUAAAAUCAUUUUAUAUCAAUUUUUACUAUAUACUGCAUUUCAAGUAGAAACUAAGACAGAUGUUUACUCAAAUAUUUUUAAGUUAUACAUUAUAAAACAGACAAGUUUAACUUUUUUGGAUGGCUGCAAAUUUAUCUAGAAUAAGUCCUUGAGGGUGGAAUAGUAUAUUUUUACAGAAAUAAUUUUAUCCUGUCAGCGUCUCUACUGUGUAUGAUCAUUCUACUCCCUGCUAACUAAGCGCUUAUAAAGUCCUUGAGUGUGGAAUAAUAUAUUUUUACAGGAGUAAUCUUUCUCCUGCCUGCUUCUCUCUUUUUUAUGACCAGUCUAGUCCCUUUAACAAAUAAGAUCCCCCCCCCCCCCUUUUUUUUCCAAUCCAGCCAGACUACUUAUCCCAAUCGUUCACCUGCAUCCCAGCAUGCUUUUAAGUCUGUUUUUACCAAUGAAAAAAAAUUAAAUUCUACCAGGAUAACCUUGCCACUGUAUUUAUUAUUUAGUUACAUGAUAUGAAAAUACAAGUGUCAUUUUAGGAAAAUAGAAUUUCCCCAUCUAGCUGUCUGGUAAGCUAUCUAGCUGUCUGGUAAGCCAUCUUGCUGUGUGGUAAAGCAGCUUAGUUUAUAUUUCUCUUUAUUUUUGUCAUUGAUUGAUGUUGUUGAACUCAAGUUUGACCACUGUAGUUUAUUUCUUUCAGAAUCCAUAAGGAAAGUGGAUGCACCAUUUUUGCUCUUGACAAUGACUUGAAUUGUUUUAAAUAAUUUAGUUAUAUUUUCUGAUUUUGUAUUCUUUGCACUGGGACUUUGUGAGCUAUAAGUUGUUUCUCAAACAUUGUAGCAUUGGACUAUGUAAGGUUUGCUUCAGUUACUGUACAUCUCUCUUACUUACAGCCUCACACAAGGCUGUGAACUUUUUUUAUACCACAGGUGCUUUGCUGCCAAGCUUCACUACUCCACUACAACACUAUUGUAUUGUCAUAAUUUUAGUUUUACAUAAUAUAUAUGUACAUUACUGGUAAGUAAUUAAUCUAAUUUCAAGACUGUAUUUAUUAUUAAGUUACAUGAUAUGAAAAUAAAAGUGGAGAGAUUCCAUUGUCAUUUUAAGAAAUUCUUCCCCAUCUAGCUGUCUAGUAAGCCAUCUAGCUGUCUGGCAAACGCUACAUUUGGUUCAUGAUCAAUUAUAUAAGUGAACCCUCUUAACCUUGAGGACCCCAUGGAACUAGCUAGUCAUAAAAGUUGUUCUCCACUCAAAUAAAUCCUUCUGAAACUGACAAUUCUAAAAGUUUUUGUCAUGCAAGCAUGUCUCACAUUUAUCAAAUUAUAUAAUUCAUAAAGAAAUGAAUGUGAAUAAAUAAAU